GGCUGCAUAACCUACGUCCUAAUACGGUUUUCAUACUCUUCCCCCGCCCAUCUGUCAACUGUUUGCUGAUGUAUUUUUGACAUCCCAAGGCCCGACAUCCGUGAGGUAUGUAUUCAAACACCACGAACUGGUUUUCAGAUCUACAAAGCGGGAUACAUUACUCCAACCCGGUUCCCACCAUCAAACGUUUUAGUCUGCCGUCACUUAAGUGUUUUCUGUGCGACUUUGGUGUUCCCCCUAGGGCUAGCUCGCUGAACGCACUAAGUACGUUGUACGCCGUGGAAGUGUACGACACAUGUGGACAAACUAACAAACAUCGCACUGCCGCUUCAAUACAAUGGCUUCGGCUCUGGUUCACCCGAUCAAAUCAAAUACGUAUCAUUCGGCCGACGUAUUCGAAGCUCCAUACUGCACACCUAAUGUCGCCCACAGACAACUUGGCCGUGACCAUGGUACAAGCUGAAACUGAAACCAAAGGAGCAUCUUCUUUGCAGGCUCAUCCACCCGAUGUCGAGCAUGCCGUAGUGGAUGAUGACCCUCGAGUAUGGUCGAAAGUCAGGAAAACUUCAACGCUGUUCCUGGUCUCUGGCGCAUCUGUGAUUGGCGGCCUUUGCACAGUCAUACAGAAUCCGGCCAACGCACAGAUACAGAAACAGCUGCACGCCACGAGUGAACAGAUCAGUCUUAGCUUGUCUCUUUCUGUCCUUGCACAAGGCACUUUUCCCGUCGUUUGGAGUGCUAUGAGCGAGAUCAAAGGAAGAAAGCUUGUCUAUCUUGUCUCGGUUAUGCUCUUCACACUGGGUUCGGUUACUGUUGCUGUCGCGAAGAGUAUAGGUUUGGUUAUCGGCAUGCGCAUUGUCCAAGCGAUCGGGGCAAGUGCUGUUAUGGCGAUCGGUGCCGCUACGUUAGCAGAUAUAUAUGAGCCUCAUGAACGGGGUACCGUGAUGGGCAUCUAUUAUUGUGCACCUCUUCUAGGCCCAUCACUCGGGCCAAUUAUGGGUGGAGUGCUCACUCAAGCAUUCAGCUGGCGUGCCCCCUUCUGGUUCCUGGUGAUUUGGGGAGGUAUCAUGCUUUUGGCAUUCUGCUUCUUAUUUAGGGACACGUUCCGGAAAGAGCGCAGCCUGACAUACCAGACUGUUUUGAAAAAAAAGUGGAUGCACAAGUUGAAAUGUCAGCCGUCGGAACCCAAUUCACCCACCAGCGAAAUGAGGAACAGUGGUCAAAAUGGCGUACAAACCCCAAAAGGUGAUCAGGCCCACCCAACGCUGGUAAACUCAAUGUUCAUGAAGGACAUCACGCUCUCCUUUGUGGAUGUCAACCCCUUCCCAUCUUAUGUUAAGAUUUUGGGCUGUAAACACAACCUCGCGAUUUUGUUUCCCUCAGGGUUAUUGUUUGCUUUCACUUACAGCAUUUCAUACACAUGCGCACGAACCCUCGCGCUCUACUACGGUUAUAAUGCCCUGGAGACCGGGUUAGUCCUACUUUCCUUUGGCAUUGGAUCCCUCUUUGGGAGUGUUCUAGGUGGUCGAUGGUCUGAUAGGACCCUAAUGAGGUUGCAGGCAGCUAACACCGGAACGGGUUUCCCGGAGAUGCGACUAGAAAGUACAAAGGUAGCGAUGUGGUGGUUACCACCGGUAGUGGUUGGUUAUGCAUGGGUGUGUCAAAAGCACGUUCACAUUGCCGCGGUGUGCACAAUGCUAUUCUUUGGCGGCUUCUUCUCUAUAUGGAUAUAUUCGAGUACCUUGGCAUAUAUCGUAGACUCCAAUCUCGGAAGAUCAUCAAGUGCAGUUGCGAUGAACAGUCUGUUCCGUGGUGUCUCUGGGUUCGUCGCAGCAGAGGUUGCUGUACCGUUGCAGGAUGCUAUCGGUGACGGAGGUUUAUACACCGCAUGGGCUGGAUUGUUACUGUUGGCUGAGCUAAUGAUUUUACUGGUUCUCUACAAAGGUAGGGGGUGGCGAGAGACUAGUAAUGAGGAGGAAAGACGGCACUCUGCUAGUGAAUGGUGAUAUAGAUGCCGAUUCGGCUGCGAAACACGGAUAUCUUGAGAGUGCACGUUGCACGAAUUGUAUGUACUAUAGCUUCAUGUAAACUAGCAGUCAAAGGGGGAUCGUUCAAACUCCGUUGAUACUUUCUAUAGCGUCCUACUUGCGUUCAUCAUGAGCACUGUUCUCGAGGAGGGAACAUCGUGCCAACACGGAUAACAUGGUGACGCCACUUGCGGACUCCUCAGGACAUUCGCUAUGAGCAUGCAACGACUAACAAACCAUAUGUAUU